GCUCGUCUACCGUUGUAGCUGUUGCUCGCUUUUUUCAACGAAUUGCUAACGUCGCAUACAGCGCGGCAUACAUAUGUACAUACAUAUGUAAUAUAUAUCUACAACGUAUUUAUACAGUGCGCAUUGUUUGUGUAGCGCCGCCGCUACAGUCGUUUGUUAUCGUACGUCGCGCCGCUUUCGUUCAUUCCAACAUUCGCUGACCACAAUUGCAAGUUGCUGUGCUGUGAAAUUGCAGUUGCUACAUCAGCGCGUUGCUGUUCGGUGAUUUCAUCAUUGUCGACUGCGUCAUUUGUAUUGUGAACGCCUUGAGGAGAAGUGUGUGCGCGCGGUGUGCGCUCUGUUUUUGAAAAUUUUAUUAGUGUACACGCAACAACUGUUGCUACUUGGUGUUAGCGCGGCAAUUAUACAUAAAUAUACUGUUAAAAAAUAUAAUUUUGCGGCAAUAAACACAUUCCUGUUAAGCGCCUUUGGGUAGCGUUUCGAGAAACCAAACGCGCUUGGUGUGCCGCGCGGCUCAAACGCGUCAAUCGCAGUGAUUUUUUGAAUGCACUUGUAUGUACGCGCGUGUGUGAUUUUAUUGUGUUACAACAACAAAGGAAAACAACAACAAUUGUCUUAGCAAAUAACCAAAGCAAAAUGAGGCUGUCCACAUCGAACGAUUCGAAACCUGAUAAUUAUCAAAUUAAUGCAAAAAUCUGCCGUCUAGUCGAGCGCUACGCUUGCAUGUACGAUCGCUCGCAUCCACACUACCUGAAGAAGGAUGUUGUCGAUAAGGCGUGGGUGAAGAUUUCCAAGGAAAUGGAUGACUCAAUUCCGUCGUGCAAAGAACGCUGGCGCAACAUACGUACCUCUUUCGCGCGCUCCAUCAAUGUCAACAAAAUACCGUCCAGCGCGAAUCGUACCAAACCAUAUUACCUACACGAAGAGCUACAGUUCCUUGCACGUCACAUAACACCUGGCAUACCAGUGUCGCGUCGUCCCAACUACUAUACGUCGGCCGAUGAGAAGAGCGAAAUGAUUGAGGUGCCGAUUGGUGAGGAGUCCUUCGACGGCUUUGUCGCUAUGGCGGCACAGGAGGAAGAAGAGGAGGAGGAAAAACUGCGCAAUACCGACGAAGAUGAUUCACGUCCGGAACGUGCGCCAAGCAGUAGCGCCGAUGAGGGCACACAAUCGUGUAAGGGUGAUCCGACAACGAUGCAGUGCCAGCAGCAGUCCGCUGAGGAAAUACAAGUCGAUGCGACGGAACGCAAAUUGCCUGUACAAAACUCGCCACUGCCACUGUUGUCGCAACAAAUACAACAACAUAUUGGUGCACUGCCGCAACAACAGCAGCUGGUACCUACACCGCCGAUUGUUGCCAUGGAAGCGGAACGCAUUGUGGCGGAUGUGCCAGUGGUGCCGCUCUAUCCGUUCAAAAAGCGUUUGCGCACCGCCGAGUCCAUGAUGUGCGCCGAAGUGGAGCAGGAGCGCGACAUUAAGCCUCAACCCAGCGAACUCUGCACGCCCGAUCCCGAUUUCGACGCCGCUUUCCUGCAAGGCUUGUUGCCCGAAAUGAAGGCGAUGGACUUCCGUCAAAAGAUCAGUUUCAAGAAGCGCAUCUACGAAGUAAUUGGUGAGAUAUUCGAGAGCAGUACACAUGGCAGCAGCAUAACACGUCGGCCGUCGCAUUCGAAUAGCAUGCAUAACAGUAAUAUAUCCAUUGCCAGCAGCAAUGGCUAUACGAAUGGUUACACACCGAACAAUAAACGACGCACACCGACACCAACACCGACCGCGGCAUCGUCACCUACUGCCUCCGGUUAUGCCUCACCGUUAAACACGUUCAAUACCGCCUCGCCCACCGCAAUGACCGUAGUGAAUGCGGCGGACUUGGCGAUGAUACGACGCCUGAGUACCUUACUGCAAAGUCCUGCGGUAGCGUCCAGCACCACCGCUAUGACAGCGUUACCAAAGAACGUCGCCUCGAUUUCCUCGACGGUGCGCAACACCACAAGCACCCCACCAACAACGGCUGUGUCGCCGGCUACGGCUGCUGCACAUCGUGGCGCCAUGACGCGUUCCAGCGCCAAUCUCCUGCGCACCAAUAUGGUUAACGGCGUCACGCCCUCCUCAUCCACCACUUAUGCCUCAGCGACGUCCACACCCGCCGCCGCCGCCUCCGCUACCAGUCAUGCCGUUAAGCAGGAGCUGUUGGACGAUUGAGCGUCUUUUUGGUUUUGAUUUUUUUAUGUGUGUGUUUGACUAGUUCAACUCUUUAAUGCUUUGGGUAAAUUGUAGCUUUAGAGUGUUAGUACUUAAGUUGUUUUAAUUGAUUUUAAUCUUUGAGGUUUUUAUUUAAUUUUGUAUGAUAAAACUUGUGUAUGUAUAUAUUCCUAAGCGAUCGAUAUUCAGUUUUUCUGAAUAAAUAAAUUGUAAGGAAAUUUGUAA